AUGCGCAGCAAGACCCACGACCGCGAUAAACCCUACUACUGCGAUAUUGACUCGGGUGUGCCCCGUCACUUCAGAAUUUCAUUGCAUUGUCGUUUGCAACGCACGCACGCCCCUCCCGUGCGCAGCAAGAGCCACGACCGCGAUAAACCCUACUACUGUGAUAUUGACUCGGGUGAGUGCCUCGUCGCUUCGGAAUUCCAUUACAUCGUCGGUUACAACGCACGCACGCCCCUCUCGUUCGUAGCAAAUCACGACCGCGACAAGCCCUAUUACUGCAAUAUUGACUCGGGUGAGUGCCUCGUCGCUUCAGAAUUCCAAUGCGUCCUCGUUUGCAACGCAUGUACGCUCUUCCCGUGCGCAGCAAGAGCCACGACCGCGAUAAACCCUACUACUGUGAUAUUUGACUCGGGUGAGUGCCUCGUCGCUUCAGAAUUCCAAUGCGUCCUCGUUUGCAACAUACGCACGCCCCUCCCGUGCGCAGCAAGAGCCACGACCGCGAUAAGCCCUACUACUGUGAUAUUGACUCUGGUGAGUGCCUCGUCGCUUCAGAAUUACAAUGCUUCGUCGUUUGCAACGCACGCACUCUCCUCACGUGCGCAGCAAGAGCCACGACCGCGAUAA